AUGGAGAGUAACAAGCGCCUCAUGCAGAUCAUCAAAGACAUGCGUUCUGACAUGAAGAAACUGGAGUCAGAAAACAAGGCCCUACGGGUGAGGUUAAGUCAGUCUGGGAAAAGAGCAGAAAUAUUGGAAAAAACAACCAUUACCGCUCUCCAACAGCAGCUAAAACCCGAGGAUGCAUUAGCGCACGUUAACUUGCGCAGGAAUAUCUCCGCCCCCGCGCUGGAGAGAGAAACGAGAGAUAAUGCAAUGACAGUGAGACGUUACUCCAUAUCAUCUUUACAUGCCUUCAGUGUGGGUAAUAAACAUCAGAAAUCUCCGGAUCAAAAUUCAACCUCUCAAACAAGUGAACAACAAGAACGAGGAACAGUGGCACCCACAAUGAAACCCACUAAAAGCCAAAGAUCGCUCGCUCAAUUUCCAGACCUUAAAACUUCUGAAGAAAACUAUCCACAAAGAGCAACCUUACAAGAAUAUGUCAAUAAAUGCAAAUUUAAAGUGAAGUCUGUAACAUUUCUUUUGCCUGUGGAUGCUGCAUCUCGUUCAGAAAGUCAAGGGUCUUCCCAGCAACCAGAGAAUCAGAAAAGUAAUCAACUAUCUCCUAUUCUGGAAAAUGAUUCCUAA